AUGGCCUCCACAAACAAGAUCGAAAAGAAACCAAUUAGUUUCUCCAAUAUCCUUCUAGGUGCGGGUUUGAACAUGUCUGAGGUCACAACCUUGGGCCAACCUUUAGAAGUCAUCAAGACCACCAUGGCUGCCAACAGAUCCUUAACCAUGGCCCAAGCUGCUAGACUCGUUUGGAGUCGUGGUGGAGUCUUGGGAUUCUAUCAAGGUUUAAUCCCAUGGGCUUGGAUUGAGGCCAGUACCAAAGGUGCCGUGUUGUUGUUUGUCUCCGCUGAAGCUGAAUACCGGUUCAAGACGUUGGGAUUCAGUUCUUUUGUCAGUGGAAUGGGUGGUGGUAUUGCUGGUGGUUUGGCGCAAGCUUACUUGACAAUGGGGUUCUGUACGUGUAUGAAGACUGUUGAAAUCACUAGAGCCAAACAAGCAGCCGUUAGUGGUGCACCACAACAAACCAGUUUCCAAGUGUUUAAAGAUAUUUACAAAAGAGAGGGUAUUAGGGGUAUCAACAAGGGUGUUAAUGCCGUUGCAAUUCGUCAAAUGACCAAUUGGGGCUCCCGUUUUGGAUUUUCGAGGUUGGCCGAAGACGGAAUUAGAAAAUUGACUGGCAAGAGUGAAAAUCAAAAAUUGUCCAAUGUUGAAAAGAUCGCAAGUAGUGUUGUUGGUGGUGGGUUGAGUGCUUGGAAUCAACCAAUUGAAGUUAUUAGAGUUGAAAUGCAAAGUAAAACCAAUGAUCCAAACAGACCAAAGAAUUUGAGCGUUUGGGGUGCUGCUAAAUAUAUAUACCAAAACAACGGUGUCAAGGGGUUGUAUAGAGGCGUUACACCAAGAAUUGGAUUGGGUGUAUGGCAGACUGUGUUUAUGGUUGCCUUUGGUGAUAUUUUCAAGAGAUUGUUAAACACUGAAGGAACUGGACAUUAA